UCUUUCUUGUUUUCGAGCAAUUAAGGGGGAAAAAAAAAGAAAAAGAAAAAGACAUUGUGGAAAGAUUUCUUUAGUUCUCCUUUGCCUUUGGUUGUAGAGAUCAAAGGCUACAGCCCUUUCUACAAAAUAAUAAAAUAUGGGUCGUGUUAAACUACCAAUUAAAAGAAUAGAGAACAACACAAAUAGACAAGUGACAUUCUCCAAACGCAGAAAUGGACUCAUUAAAAAAGCUUACGAGCUUGCUAUUCUCUGUGAUAUUGAUAUUGCUCUUAUCAUGUUCUCUCCUUCCGGCCGUCUCAGUCACUUUUCUGGCAAGAGAAGGAUUGAAGAUGUGAUUGCCCGAUACCUAAAUUUCCCAGAAAAUGAUGGAGGAUGUGAUGUUCAAAACCGAGAGUAUUUGCUCAGCACACUUAAAAAACUUAAGACAGAGAAUGACAUGGUUCUUCAAGCUGCCAAUCCAGAGGUUACGAGAUCAAAUUUAGAGGAGCUCCAGCAAGAAGUUUGUAACUUGCAGCAUCAGGUUCAGAUAGCUGAGGAUCAGUUAAGGAUAUAUGAGCCUGAACCUCUAAAAUUCACAUCCCUGGGAGAACUUGAAUCUUGCGAGAAGAACCUUUUGGAUGUCAUGGCACUUCUCCAAGACAGAAAGAAAUAUCUCUUGAGUAACCAUGCAUCUGCAUAUGAUCCAACAACUCUACAGAUAUACUUAGAUUCAGAGGAAGGGCUUCCAAAUUUUCAAAAUGAGAUCACGAGUUGGUUGCCACCAGAUAAUGGACAAAACCCAAAUUCUAUAGCCUUAAAAUCUGAUCAAUCGUCUUGUAUUCCUGUGAGUAAUAACCAAUCUUCAACGACCAUGUUUGAUGGGUUGUCGUCUCAUGGAACAAAUGUAAAUGUGGAUCCAUGCAACAUGGGAGUGGGGGCUGGAACCCUAAUCAACAACUCAAACAGUGAAAGCAUAACUUCUUGGCAACAAGCUUUCUCUUCAUUGUCGUCCACUGAGCUUCUCACUACCUUCAUGCCUCCCAACUCAUUCCCUUUAAUGAAGCAACAUGAGAUUGAAUGUCCAAGCUUCACGUCAAUGUUGGAACAGCAGCAGGCAGAGACCACACCAAAUUGCACACAAAUGCCUUCCAGUGGUGAAGGUUCAAAUUAUGAGAGUUAUGACUUGUGAAACCAUGCUAUCUCAGUUUAAUGUAGAAUGACAAUUCACAUUUAUAUUUCCCAACAGUUUAUUGUUGAAUGUAUUAAUUAAGCUCAGCUUGCAUAAGAUUCAGUAUGUGCAUGGAAUUGAAUGAUCUAUUUUGUUUAGUUCGUUUUGAA